AUGUGGCAGGCUACAGUCUACUACGAAAUAGGAUUGCCGAAUAGCGACCGGAAUUGGAACCAACAGGGGCCGGGAAGCAAGUUGCAAAGUGUCCUGCCGCAACUGUGUCAAGCACCAAAAAAGCUAAAAGGACCUCAUCGGUUCCGAAACUGGUCUUGCAUCUCCGAAUUAAACACGCGAGAAAAACUAUCUAUAUUUAAUCAACAAAAUGAGAGCAAUUACAAUUUAAGCCUAAUUAAUGUAAAAUGA